AUGCACCCGGGGCCAACAAAAGUUUAUCACGUCAACUCGAUGAAAAAUGCUCACAGCUCGGCGUAUGCUUUUGACGUUCUGCAAUGGGUCCUAUCAGAGACCCAUAAAUCCCAAGCAGAAUCUUCGGCUCCGUUUGAGUGGAGCACCUUUGUCCAUUUGACCAAGCCCCAGCAAUCAAAUUGCAUCGACUGUGGAGUUUACGUGCUCCAUUACAUGGAUGGGAUUUCAAAACACAUUGCAGCCGAGAAGCCUGGAUGGAUCGAGGAGAAGAUCGCCGCGUGGACAGGGGGUGAUUUCGGCGUCAAGAAGGCAGCAGUAUACCGAGCUAAGUUGUAUAGGACUAUG